AUGGAACCAGAUAUUGAAAUUACCAGUAUGAGACAGCCUACGAGAGUAACAUACAACAUUAACAGGAAAGUAUACAAUGAAGAAGAAUUCCAACGAGAUCAUGACCAAAGGUUUUAUUCCCAAACUGACAAGGAUUUUGUUGCCCCACAAGCCAGACGAAGGAUCCAGUGCAGAUUCUCAUGGGAAAGAUUCAGGAAGAUAAUGCUCAAGAUGUUUCCCAUUCUAAACUGGAUGUGUUCAUAUCAUAUCACAGAAUGGAUUUUAGGGGACUUGCAUGCUGGUAUAAGUGUAGGGAUGGUACAGAUGCUUCAAGGACUAUCAGGAGUAUUGUUAACUGGAUUACCACUACCAGUUGUCAAUGGCUUUUAUUCUGCCUUUUUCUCCACUUUAACAUACGUCAUAUUUGGAACUUCACACCAUAUGUCUAUUGGUUCUUUCACCAUUCUGAAUGCGAUGAUAGCAAACUUUCAGAAAUCUCUUAAUUUCAAUUUUACAUUGCCAAGUAGCAGCACUCUGGUCAACAUGUCUGAUGAAAAUUCAGUUAAAAUGUAUAUGGAAGCCGUGACUCUUACUGCCUCGACAACAUUUUUGGUUGGAAUAAUUCAGUUACUUUUAGGCUUUGUCGGCUUGGGAUAUGUCACAACCUACCUGUCAGAAUCUCUAAUGAAUGCUUACCUCACUGGAGCAGCACUGCAUGUUAUUGUAUCCCAAUUUUCCUUUAUCUUUGGGAUUGCAAUCGACUUUCAUUCAGGCCCUUUGGCAAUCUUUUAUAACUUGAUACACUAUUGCAUGGGUCUCCCGAAAGCUAACUCCACCAGUAUACUACUGUUUUUGCUUGCUUUAGUCAUGCUGAGGGUCAGUAAAUGCAUUAAGAUAACUUACAAACACAGCCCUGUUGAGUUUCCUAUGGAACUUUUUCUGAUUAUUGUAUGUACCAUAAUUUCUACCAAAAUACAGUGGCAUGCUGAAUCCAGUAUGGGAUUAUUUGUAAUAGUACCGUACAGCUUUCUGCCUCCUACAUUGCCCGACUUUCCAAAAUUGUACAAGAUUGUAUUACAUGCUUUAUCUCUGGCAAUAGUAAGCUAUUUCCUUCUAAUAUUUGUGGGAAAGAAGUAUGCAACUAUUCACAACUAUCAUCUGAGAAACACCCAGGACUUAUUAGCUAUUGGACUAUGCAAUAUCUUUGGUUCAUUUUUUAAAAGUUUUGUUGUUAGCUGUGCUGUUUCCGCAACAGUUAUUCAGGAAAAGACAGGUGGGAAAACACAGCUUGCAGCUCUAAUUGGAGCUUCCAUAAUGCUGGUGACAGUGCUAAAACUGGGACAGUACUUCCAGUCUCUUCCUAAUGCUGUUUUGGCAGCCAUUGUAAUGGCCAACCUGUUCCCGUUCCUUGAAAAGUUUAUGGAUGUCCCUGCCUUGUGGAGGCAAGAUAAAUAUGAUUUUGGAAUUUGGAUUGUGACCUUUUUGGCUGUACUCUGUCUUGGUCUGGAUAUUGGAUUGGGAAUUGCUAUGGGAUUUGCCUUUUUCAUAAUAAGUGUCAGGUCACACAGAAUGAAGAUGUUGAUAUUGGGCCAGAUUCCAAAUACAAAUAUUUAUCGGAGUUUUUCAGAUUAUGGUGAGGCCAUAGAGAUACAGGGAGUAAGAAUAUUCCAGUGCUGUUCCUCCAUUUCAUCAGCCAAUAUGAGACAUUUCAAAGACUACUUGUUGAGAAAGAUGGAUGUGAAGGCAGUGCCACUUGAUGAAAAUGAGAUGAGAGCUUUGAUAUCAGUCAGUCUAUCUUGUGUUAGAGCACAGAACAAGGAUUUACAGUGUGCCUGUGUUUGCGACCCACCUGAACCAUUACCCAGGGUACCUUAUACAGAGAAACUUGUAAGACGAGUUCAUACUUCUAAGGAGUCUUUGUCUUCUUCUUCUUUGGCCCUGGUACGCUUGACAAGAAUUGAUAACAAAUAUAAUUCAGACAUUCGAACCAUGCCUCCUCCAGUUGCCAGAGAAAGGGAAGUAGGACACGACUACGUAAAGAGAAAAGAAGACCUGUCCAGAUUAUGGUUUUGCUCAGACCCUCCUAUAACAAGAUCCACAACUCAGUUGUUCCCAGUUGAUUCAGAGUCUGCAACAUACCUGAUCCACACCAUUAUUUUAGAUUUCAGCAUGGUACACUUUGUGGAUUUGCAAGCUUCCUAUUUAUUACGUGAGCUCUGCCAUGUGUUUCAGAAUAUUGGUAUCACAGUCCUGAUAGCUGCUUGUCACCCCACUGUAAUAAAAGCCUUUGAAAGGAAUGAUUUUUUUGACCAGUGUGUUACUAAAGCGCGGUUCUUUCCAAGUCUACAUGAUGCAGUACUGUUUGCUGUGGAGCCUGAUCUCUUGCAAGAGACUGUAGCAGCGGAACCCAGUAAUACCCUUCCUGAAGAUAUAUUAGAUGACAUUCAUAUAGAUGACCAAAAGGAUAGAAGUCAGCACUCAGACAGGAGUCGGCAAACAGACAGGAGGAGCAUCCAGUCUGAUGGGAACAGAGACACUCACUCGGUGAAAGCUGUCCGUAGUGAAACAUAUGUUGACGAGCCUAUAUCAGAUCUUUUCCGCACUUUUUCACUUCAGAGUGAGGUAGAUACAGUCCCUCAUUCACAUCGUGAAAGGUCUCCCCUUGAGGAAAUGGACAAUGAUCAGGAGAACUGGGAAUUAUAUAAAUGAGAUGCAUUGGAAUUAACUGUACAUAAAAAGAUGUAACUCAGUUCAGGUAGUU